UAAAUGUCAAAAGUAAAUAGAAAAUAAGGGAAUAAAUUAAUUAUUUUACAAUUUCCAAUUUAUCGGUAAACGUGUAAACUGAAGUGAAACAUACGUAUAUUACGAGAAUUAUUGUAAAAUAUUAUUUUGAAGAUCAUAUAGUGAAGUGUUGUACAGCAAAAGAAAAAUGAGCGAAUUGUCGCGGAUUUUCUUCAUUUAAAUAUGCACAAAUUGCGCAUAACUGCACAUUUUCGUAGUGUUUGUUAUUCGCUUACUAAUUUUUUUAUCUUCUGUAUUAUUUAGUAUUCUUAUGAAGUGUUUAAACCUUUUGAAGUUCGGAUUUUCCUCUCGGGGCGUAACCUUCGUGUUCUAAAGUUAUACCUUUUUUGAAAAUGAUAUUUAAUCACUUUAUCUAAUAAAUUGUUCGUGUUAUUUCUAAAAAUGGCUGAGGACGAAGUUUUAUUCGACGACGUUUACGAAUUGUGUGAAAUUAUUGGCAAGGGUCCAUUCAGCCUUGUAAGACGCUGUGUACACCGUCAGACAGGACAGCAGUUUGCGGUGAAGAUUGUUGAUGUAGCUCGCUUCACUGCAAGCCCAGGUCUUAGUACAGCAGAUCUUAAACGUGAAGCUACAAUAUGUCAUAUGCUGAAGCACCCUCAUAUUGUGGAGCUAUUGGAGACGUACAGCUCAGAGGGAAUGCUGUAUAUGGUGUUUGAAUACAUGGAUGGAUCUGAUCUCUGUUUUGAAGUUGUGCGCAGGGCGACUGCCGGAUUUGUGUACAGUGAAGCUGUAGCAUGCCAUUACAUGCGUCAGAUUCUGGAAGCAUUGCGCUACUGUCAUGAGAAUGACAUCGUGCAUCGUGACGUGCGACCUCAUUGCGUGCUGUUAGCCGGCCGUGACAACUGCGCGCCUGUCAAACUUGGUGGUUUCGGUGUGGCCGCGCAACUGCCCGCACCUGCCGCACAUCGCGCUCCCCCUGAAUUGGUGAUGGACAAUCGACCACUAGUGGGUCCUAUGGGCCAAGCGUAUCUGAAAUCAGAUGAGUAUGGUCGUAUCGGUACUCCGCACUAUAUGGCCCCUGAGGUUGUAUCCAGUCAGUUGUAUGGGAAGCCAGUGGAUGUGUGGGCUGCUGGGAUUCUACUGCAUGUGUUACUUGUUGGCUAUCUGCCAUUCACUGGAACAAGAGAGCGUCUCUUCGAAGCUAUCUGUCGUGGGAGACUUAGAUUCGAUGCUCCACUGUGGGAUGACAUCAGCGACUCAGCCAAGGAGCUGGUGCAGCGCAUGCUGACUGUGGACCACACGCAGCGCAUCAACAUACAGGAAGUGCUCAACCAUCGCUGGAUACGGGAUCGGGACAAGCAGAACCGCAUUCAUUUAGCGGGCACCGUGGAGGAGCUGAAGAAGUUCAAUAGCCGUCGUCGUCUGCGUGCCGCGACCCUCGCCGCUGCAGCAGUUGAUGAUGACGAUGAAGAGGAACAACCUGGACGACGACAGGUUCUGCUGGAGGAGGCCAAUGCUGCAGCUGUGAACCUCGUGGUGGAGUCUCUGGAUGAUGUGGCGGUUCUGCAGGACGGGCCUCUCUUCAUGGAUCCUGAUCUCUUCCACAGCGUGUUAGACGACCUGCAACUCAGAGCUCUGCUAGAAGUGUAUGAUCGCAUCGCGUGCACUGUGGUGGUGAGCAGCGGCCGCGCUCCCGCCGCUGAGGCCAGGACCAAGACACGUCAGGCACUAGAAGCGGCUGGUCGCCUUCGACCUGCGCCAGCUGCGCCCUCGCCCACCGCUGCGGCAGCACACGACCUGCGCCGCGUCCUCUCCAUGCCACAUAUUAAGGCGUUGCUUCAGGCGCACGACGUGGUGGCGCGCGAGGUGUACGGCGAGGAGUCGCUGCGUGCAUCUCCCCCACCUGUCAACGGCCGUGCUCCCGCCCCCGCGCAGGACGAUGAUGAUGACACCGAACCCGAGUUCGAGAACGUGACGAGGGUGCGCCUUGUGCAGUUCCAGAAGAACACCGACGAACCCAUGGGCAUAACGCUGAAGCUAGCUGACGACGGUCGUUGCAUCGUGGCGCGCAUCAUGCACGGCGGUAUGAUACACCGGCAGGCGACGUUGCACGUAGGAGACGAGAUCAGGGAGAUCAACGGCACACCAGUCGCCAACCAGUCUGUAGCUCAACUACAGCGGAUGCUGCGUGAGGCUCGUGGCUCGGUGACCUUCAAGAUCGUACCAUCGUACCGCUCUGCACCACCGCCGUGCGAGCUAUUCCGGAUAAAGCCUUCGCCCGUGCUAAUAUUCGUGAGAGCGCAAUUUGAUUACGAUCCAUUAGAAGAUGAGUUGAUCCCUUGCGCUCAAGCUGGUAUUGCAUUCAACACUGGAGAUAUACUUCAGAUAAUCAGCAAGGACGACUCUCAUUGGUGGCAGGCACGCAAAGACGCGGCAGGCGGCUCAGCCGGCCUCGUACCCAGCCCCGAGCUGCAGGAAUGGCGCGCCGCUUGUGCUGCCGCUGAGCGUUCCAACGCCGAUCAAGUCGGAGCCGAGGGCUGCGUGUCGCACACCGAUGGCUGCGAGAACACAGUCAAUUGUUCAAUAUUCGGACGUAAGAAGAAACAAUCAAAAGACAAAUAUCUGGCGAAGCACAACGCUGUGUUUGAUCAACUUGAUGUAGUCACUUAUGAAGAAGUCGUUAAACUACCAUCUUUCCAAAGGAAGACGAUAGUGCUAUUGGGUGCGCACGGCGUUGGGAGACGUCAUAUCAAGAACACGCUGAUAGCGCGACACCCUGACCAGUACGCUUACCCCAUACCGCAUACAACUCGUCCACCCAGACCUGAUGAAGAGAAUGGGAGACAUUACUACUUUGUGACUCAUGAAGAAAUGAUGGCGGAUAUCGCAGCUAACGAAUAUUUGGAAUAUGGUACGCACGAGGACGCAAUGUACGGCACGAAGUUGGAGACGAUUCGUCGUAUCCACGCGGAGCGCCGUGUCGCCAUACUGGACGUGGAGCCACAAGCACUCAAAGUGUUGCGUUCUGCUGAGUUUGCACCUUACGUGGUGUUUGUUGCAGCACCACCGCUCAACAAUGUCGCCGAUUACGAUGGUUCCCUGGAAGUGUUGGUGCGUGAAUCUGAGCAGCUGCGUCGUACAUACGGCCAUCACUUCGACCUGUGCAUAGUGAACAAUGACAUAGAUGACACGCUCGCGCAGCUGGAAGCGGCACUCGCGCGUCUGCGCACCUCACCGCAGUGGGUGCCUGUCGCCUGGGUCUACUGACUGACCACGGACUGCUACCUCUAGACACAACUAUUCUCUCAGAUAUAAGGUACACAUUUACCUGACCUCUACACUACAACUGGAAUACGACUCUGUCUCAAGUUAAACUUUUACUUAUGUAUCUUUAUGCGAAAUACGACUCUAUUGUUUGGUAUAUAAGGUUCAGAUUUACCUUACCUAUAGACGGAACACGACUCUUGUCUAAGGUAUAAUUCAGUUUUACUUAUCUCUAGACGAAAUAUGACUCUAUUGUUUGGGUUAUAAGGUUCAGUUUUACUUACUUAUGUCUCUUUAGACGAAAAACGACUCUGUUGUCUAAGGUAUAAGAUUCAAUUUUACUUACCUAUAGACGAAUCAUAUUAUUUUCAGAUAUAAAGUUAAGUUUUACUUACUUAUUGCUAGACGAAAUACGACUCUAUUGUCUUGGGAAUAAGAUUCAGUUUGACUUACCUAUUCACGUGUUUAAGAAUUAAAAAUAAUUGUUUUUGAUUUAUAUUAUAUUAUUCUAAAACGUUUUAUCCCAUUUUAGGUUUUUAAUUUAGAUCUGUUUUAUUAUUGGUAUAGGCUGUUUUUAUUUAUUUAGUUUGAUUCUAUUUGUUGUUUACUGAAAUUGUUCUAUUAUAUCUGUUGGUUUUAAUGAGGCUAUGUUUCCUUCAAAUCUUACGGCGUUUGUUGUUUAAUUUUUAUAGUUGUGUAAUUUAAU